AUGCGCUCUCACUCCCACCAGAGCGGUAACUACCCAAAGCGCUCUGCAUCUCAGACUUCUUCCACCACAAGCUCUUCACACAGCACUCAACGCUCCAACGAAAAGAAGAACCGCCGGCUUUCCAACCCAAUAACCUCCAAGCUAUUUCGAUCGGGAUCCAAAUCACCUGAAAUCGAUAUUCCUAAGCGCAAACACAAUCACAGCCUUUCCUUGGACAACCACUAUAUUCCUCGGAGCAAUCCUGAAAUGAACUACUUUGAUCAGUGUGGUGACUCCACCGACUCUGUGCAUAUGUCUCCCGAGCCUUCAUCACCCCAGUCUCCUAAGGCGGACUUCCCCAAGCGGGCACCCACUCCGACUCAGAAGAAUAGCGAUGACUAUCGUCGCUAUAGCGGCACAGUCAACCACUACGGUCGUCACUCAAAUGACUGGCUGUUCGGUGGCUUCAGUGUGCGCGAUACAGUUCGGGACGGUAUCGAGAAGCUCCGUAACCACGAAAAAGAUAGCUGA